AACACUGAGAUUUAGGACAAUGAGUUUAACGAUUAAUUCGUUCAGUAUUUCUAUUGGAAACUCCGUAUCACUCUUAUCAUCUUUUGAUACUAUUCAAUAAACAGACAGUAUAUCGACACUAUCAAAUGGCCAAUAUUCCUCGUCAACUGCAAAAAUAUCGAGAUGUCAUCGAGAAAUCUAAACUAGAAUACGUUAAAGUUAUAAUUUGCGAUGAAAAGGUCAAAGUUGAUAUUGAUGACAGUAAAUUGGGUGGAUAUCCUUGCCUUCCAAAGAAUAUUGAAUAUCCUUACGAUUCAAAAGGGAAUCCCCUUAUUCUCCAAGCCCAAUUAAACUUUAACGAAAUACCGACUCUGAACUCGUAUCCGAAGACUGGCCUACUUCAAUUCUACUUGGCUUUGGACGACGUCUACGGAAUGAAUUUCGAUAAUCCAACGGAUCAGAAAGAUUUUCGGCUUAUCUACGUGAAAGAAUACGAUAAGAACAAUAGGCAAACAGAUUUUUCGUUUGUCGACAAUCACUUGAAAAGUUCGUCGUGCACUCUGCCAGUCAUAAAACAAUUCCGUCUAACCUUCGAGAAAGAUUACGACUACGUUAGCAUGCAAGAUUGCAGAUUCGAAAAGUUCUUUGGUAUGGAAUAUGACGAAUUUAUCGAUAAAUUCCCCUCUAAACACGAAGAGGUAGUUGAAGAGUUCUUCAAUAGAAGAGGUCAUAAAAUAGGUGGAUACGCUAAUUUCAUACAAAACGAUCCAAGGUCUAACUCCUCUUAUAAAGAUUAUAUUCAAAUCUUACAACUCGAUUCGGAGGACGACAAAAUCUGUUGGGGAGACGUCGGCGUCGGAAAUUUCUUCACCACGGAAGAGAAAUUAGUUAAACUCGAUUUUUCCUCCUCGGUACUUUACAAUUACGACUGCUAACGGAAGGGAUAAUAAAAAAGACGCUCUGUCUAAGUUUCUAAUAAGAUCGUUUAUGAUUAUUGUCUGCGCUCUUUUCUUAUUCCCCUCACCCGCCACGUAAUCAAUUCAGGUUAUUCUCUACCGUUCAACGUCAACCUCACUGACCCUGUUUGUUUACGAUCAAAGGAAUUUAAAAAUAUUUUGCAACUACGUUUUAAAAUUUCUUUUCUUUCUUAUAUUCUCCAAAACGAAGCUAUAUAACUUUAUAUCUAUUUUAUGUCUUCUCUUGCUUCUAUCUUCCUUAUGUUCUUCCUCUUUCGCUUUUCUCGUUUGUCUUCCCUCUCUUCAAAUAGGGAUCGUUUGAAAAAGAUCGGAUUGAGGAAGAAGAAUAAAUGUAUCAUUCUUACGACUCGAUCUCCUCUCUUUACUGUCCUUACACUUGUUCAACUUUCUAUCUAUCGGCAACAAAAGCCUAGCUGAAGCGUAGGCGUAAAUUUGCUAUUCAUGUCUAAAGCUUCCCGACGCAAUUCCACGUAUUCUCUGUAAACGAAAGUAAGGAGUUAAUAAAUAAAAAUGUAAUUUCAGCUUUCGGUAACAACGAACGACUGCUGAGAUGGAAUUUGUAAAUAGGCACCCAGCAGGUUCAAGCGUAACUUUACUUUUAUUGCCUCUCUUUAUGCCCUAACCCUCUCUCCGUUACGGUAACAGGUUGAAUAGAAAUUAUAUCUCUACUCUUUUAGGAAAUCUCAUUCAUUAAACGUUUCGAGUUGGAAAUUUCUAUUCAUUUCAUUUAGCUAUUAAUAAGCUAUUUGCAUUUGAAUCGAGACUUGUUUAUAUGAUAUAAACACCCUUCUCUAUUAAAGAAACGCCUACAACUAAUUCUUAAUCCUUUUUACACUUUUUUCAAGCAUUAUUUCAUUUAUUGAUUCUAGCUCGA